AUGUGGUACGUCGCAAUCCAGCUCAUCAGCUUUGCUGCAAGAGCUCUUGCUUCAUCGAGUCAAGAUGUUGACCUUCGCGACCGCGUUUGUUUGCCCACAGGAGACAACACUCCUGGGCUCGGUGCUAAGAUAUACUCCUACACGUACGGGGAUCUUGAUUCUGCCUACAGUUUAGACUAUUUGGAAUCUGGGUACAAGACACAAUCAACAUUGAUCAACCAAAUAUUCGGGAUAACCGACAUUUCUUUUCGAAAAGUUCAUGCAGAAGACGGUGAAGCCGUUGGGACUCUUUACGAUGAAGAUAUUUCAAUCACCAACUUUGCUCUAGAGCUGGCGGGAUACUUCUACCCGUCUCAGAGUGGAACUUACACCAUAACGACCAACGAGAUCGAUGAUGGCUUUGCGCUGAUGAUGGGAGAAAGCGCCUUUGAAUGCUGCGUGAGUAACCCCAUUUCAAACGGUGGCGACUCCGAAAGUGUCGAAGAAUUGUCAAAGCGUGAUAGUGGCGAUUCUACAGCCAUGUUAAGUGCGUUCUAUAACAAAGGUCCGGCUAGCGUUCAGGUAAAGGUUAACCAAGGCAUGUACUACCCUAUUCGGAUGGUGUACGCAAAUGCCGAGAAAAGCGCAAUUAUGGACAUUUCUCUCACCUUACCAGAUGGAACGGUCAAAACAACAUUUGACGAAAUGGUGUCCUUUCCAUUUGAUGACGGCACAGAUGGACAGUGUGAUGCGGUAGUAGCUACUGAGACUUAUACUGGCAAUGUCUCAUCGACAUCUACGGCAGAUGAUGCUAAGACUAUAUAUGUACUGACUCCAACUGCCGUGGUAACGACUACCCUGCACACUCCAUGGAGUGGUUCCGAGACCUCUACCUGGUCCACGGGUAUGACCACUUUCACCGGUACCGACGGUAUUUCAACGACGGAGACUAUUUAUUACGUGGAAACUCCUACUGUCGGAAUUCAAUCUACUUCUACCACUGGCUGGAGUGGAUCUGUCACCUUGACCUACUCGACUGAUGUGACCACAUUCACCGGCUCUGAUGGUGUUCCAACCACUGAGACGAUCUACUAUGUGGAGACGCCAUUUGUUGGAAUAAGUUCAACUACCAUCACUGGAUGGAGUGGAUCUAUCACCUCUACCUACUCCACCGCACUCACCACCUUCACUGGAUCUGAUGGUAUUGCAACAACCGAGACCAUCUACUAUGUCGAGACUCCCGUUGUUGGAAUCGAGUCCACCACCACUACCGGGUGGACUGGAUCUGUUACAUCGACUUACUCAACCGACGUGACCACCUUCACUGGCUCAGACGGUAUCCCUACUACCGAGACCAUUUACUAUGUCGAGACCCCAGUGGUCGGUAUCGAAUCCACCACCACUACCGGCUGGACUGGAUCUGUUACAUCGACUUACUCCACCGAAUUGACCACCUUCACCGGCUCAGACGGUAUCCCAACUACCGAGACCAUCUACUACGUAGAGACUCCAGUUGUUGAAAUCGAGUCCACCACGACUCUCGGUUGGACUGGGACUGUCACUUCGACCUAUACUACUGAACUAACCACCUUCACUGGAUCUGACGGAAUUGCAACGACUGAGACCAUCUACUAUGUCGAGACCCCAGAUGUAGACGUGAAUCCACCACCACUACCGGCUGGACUGGAUCUGUCACUUCGACAUACUCCACCGAAUUGACCACCUUCACCGGCUCAGACGGUAUCCCAACCACUGAGACCAUCUACUAUGUCGAGACCCCAGUUGUUGGAAUCAGUUCCACGACCAUUACCGGCUGGACUGGAUCUGUUACAUCGACUUACUCAACCGACGUGACCACAUUUACCGGAUCUGAUGGAAUUGCAACAACCGAGACCAUUUACUAUGUCGAGACCCCAGUGGUCGGUAUCGAAUCCACCACCACUACCGGCUGGACUGGAUCUGUCACUUCGACAUACUCCACCGAAUUGACCACCUUCACUGGAUCUGAUGGUAUUCCUACAACCGAGACCAUCUACUAUGUCGAGACCCCAGUGGUCGGUAUCGAAUCCACCACCACUACCGGCUGGACUGGAUCUGUUACAUCGACUUACUCUACCGAGUUGACCACCUUCACUGGAUCUGAUGGUAUUGCAACAAUCGAGACCAUUUACUAUGUCGAGACUCCCGUUGUUGGAAUCGAGUCCACCACCACUACCGGGUGGACUGGAUCUGUUACAUCGACUUACUCAACCGACGUGACCACCUUCACUGGCUCAGACGGUAUCCCUACUACCGAGACCAUUUACUAUGUCGAGACCCCAGUGGUCGGUAUCGAAUCCACCACCACUACCGGCUGGGACUGGGAUCUGUUACAUCGACUUACUCAACCGACGUACGACCCUACCUUCACGUGGCCUGAGAGGGUUAUCCCGUCUACCGAAGAACCGACUUAACUAUAGGUCGAGGACUCCCGUGUUGGAAUGAGUCCACCACACNCUCGGUUGGACUGGGACUGUCNCUUUCGACCUAUACUUACUGAAACCUAACCNCUUCACCUUGGAUCUGAUGGUNUUGCAACAACCGNACCAUUACUANGGUCGAGACCCCAGUGGUCGGUAUCGAAUCCACCACCACUACCGGCUGGACUGCAUCUGUCACUUCGACAUACUCCACCGAAUUGACCACCUUCACUGGAUCUGAUGGUAUUGCAACAACCGAGACCAUUUACUAUGUCGAGACCCCAGUGGUCGGUAUCGAAUCCACCACCACUACCGGCUGGACUGCAUCUGUCACUUCGACAUACUCCACCGAAUUGACCACCUUCACUGGCUCAGACGGUAUCCCCACUACCGAGACCAUUUACUAUGUCGAGACUCCCGUUGUUGGAAUCGAGUCGACCACCACUACCGGCUGGACUGGAUCUGUCACUUCGACAUACUCCACCGAAUUGACCACCUUCACCGGCUCAGACGGUAUCCCAACUACCGAGACCAUCUACUACGUAGAGACUCCAGUUGUUGAAAUCAGCUCCACCACGACUCUCGGUUGGACUGGGACUGUCACUUCGACCUAUACUACUGAACUAACCACCUUCACUGGAUCUGACGGAAUUGCAACGACUGAGACCAUUUACUAUGUCGAGACCCCAGUGGUCGGUAUCGAAUCCACCACCACUACCGGGUGGACUGGAUCUGUUACAUCGACUUACUCAACCGACGUGACCACCUUCACUGGCUCAGACGGUAUCCCUACUACCGAGACCAUUUACUAUGUCGAGACCCCAGUGGUCGGAAUCGAGUCCACCACCACUACCGGGUGGACUGGAUCUGUUACAUCGACAUACUCCACCGAAUUGACCACCUUCACUGGCUCAGACGGUAUCCCUACUACCGAGACCAUUUACUACGUUGAGACUCCAACUGCUAUUACCGACUCUACGAAUACAUCUCCAAGCUCACAAUCUCAGAGCUCUACGCCUAAUGGUAUCUCGAGUGCCGAACAUACCUCUACCAGUGUUAGCACUGGUAUUGGCAGCAUUUCAAACUCAAAGACUGAUUUCCAAUUAAGCUUAAGCUCUUCAAUGGCUUCUGAAUCUUUGUCCACCUGUCAUAAUGUUGUGACCAGCACAAUUUCUGGGUCAAUUUCCAUCUUCACCACCAAUUGCCCAACUUCAAUGCCUGAGCUCUCCUUGAGCUCUGUGUCUUCUGAUUCAAGCUCGAAAGUCACACUCUCGCGGUCUUCGGCUCUGGGGAGUAGUCUAUCAACCAGUGCUACCUUUGCAUCGUCUUUGCCAAGUACUCCAUACUACCAGAACACUACCAGCAGAGCUGAUAAUGGGUUUACUUCCGGCCUAGUGUCUUCAAUCUCUGUUACACCUACAUCUAGUACUCCAUUGAGCUCUGAGAGCUCUCUUGUACCUUCUGACAGUUUGGUUACGUCUGGUGUUCCUACACUCUCAGGCACCCCAAGUCUCUCAGAAACUGCAUCAGAGACCUCCAGUACUCCAGAGACCUCCAGUACUCCAGAGACCUCCAGUACUCCAGAGACCUCCAGUACUCCAGUGACCUCUGGCAAUCCAGCGUCCUCUGGUAAUCCAACGACCUCCGAGAUCUUUUCAGUGACCUCUAGCUCUCCCGUUACCUUCAGUACCUCUAGCACCUCUGAUAGUCCAGCGUCCUCGGGUACAGCAGCACCCUCGGGUACAGCAGCGUCCUCCGACAUCUCUUCAGUCACCUCUGGUUCCCCGGCAACCUUCAAUACUUCAAUCAUCUCGGGCACUCCAGCUUCCCCUGGUGAUUCGGUCACCAUUGUUUCUACAGUCACCUCUGGAUAUUCUGUGACCUCCGAGACCACUCCUAUCACAUCUGGAUCGGCCCAUGCCACAAUUGGUUCGUCGGUGUCCUUUGAGACCACAUCAGCCAGGUCCAGUAAUUCAUUCACCUGUAAUUUUCUCGAGACUAGCUCCAACACUGGAGUGGUAUCCGAGACUACGCCAAAAACCGUCCAAAGGUCACUAACUCAGGAAUCUACACCGGUGACGUCAGGCCCAGCGCUAACGGAGCAAGUUGUCACCAUCACAGAAUCUGGUACUAUAACUUCAGACACCACGACUUGCCCUGUUACAGAAGUUACUGCAAGUACAUCUGGCUCUGAAAGUUUCAAAACUGCUCACGCCAGCACUUUAAUUAAUGUCGAGACUAGCUCCAAUACUGGAGUGGUAUUCGAGACUACAUCAACAUCCAUCCCAAGUUCAGUAACCCAGAAAUCUACUCCGGUGACAUCAGGCCCAGCGCUAACCGAUCAAGUUGUUACAAUUACAGAGUCUGGUACUUUAAUCUCAUUCACCACAACUUGCCCUAUAUCAGAAGUCACUGCAAGUUUAUCUGGCUCUGAAAGUUUCGAAACAGCUCUCGUUUCUACCGGCACGGACUUGGUGACUUCCCAUUCUGGCACAAUGCCAACUAGCGAUUCGAAGCCAGCUUCCACCGGCUCAAACAGCUUCAAGUCCAGUGCCCCCUCUGCUGCUAGUUUCGCACCUUGUUUGACCACGUCAGGACUAAUAAGUGAGUCCCACUUGUCUUCUAGCACACUUGCCUACACAAAGUCCACCGUGACUGAGACUGUGUCUGGAACAACCACCAUUUACACGACAACCUGCUCCGUAAGACCUGUUAACCAGACCGUCACUACUGCUUCAGGCAACUCCGAAGCUGUCAUCACUAGCACCGAAGCUAGCAUUAAAACCACAUAUGCCAGUAGUGCUGUUUUGGAAAGUUCUACAGCAAACACCGAAACUGCUCCAGAAUCUCGGUCAAACUCUGCCGGGCCUUCUAAAGUCUACAGUGGCGCUAGCGCCGUGACAGGCGCCCAGGGAUCUUACACAACUCAAUCUCCUUCUUCCACUCUUGAGGUCCAAUAUUCGUCCUCUCUUUCUGCUGUCUCUACCACGGCAGGUGUUUCAUUUUACGAAGGCACGGCCAACCAGCUAAAGGCUGGUCUUCUUUUGGUUUUCCCGCUAGUUCUGUUGUGA